CAAGCCUCAGCAAUUAUUCACGUCUCGAAUCCGGAAUGAGCAAGGGAUUGUUCUCCUCUUCAUUUGCACCUUGCGCACACAUCCGGUAACCUAGCACAAGAUUCCUCGUUUGUGCAUCUUUAACGCACCGCUCUCAAUACUUGCAUCCAGCAACUGAGGCCCCGUCGAUAGCUGGCACCUCCUUCAGCUUCACUGCUUUGCGUCAUGUCUUCCACCGGCGGAGGAUGGGCGCAACUGCGCCAGCAAGCGCGUGCUCUCGAACAGCAGACAGAGACGCUGUUCCACACAUACUCACAAUUCGCCUCGGCACCGAACAUCCCCCAGAAACCGUCCGAAGACGAGCUGCGAACCGAGACAAACCUGCAAGAGCUACUCGAGAAGAGGGAAGCACUGGUGGGCCAGCUGUCGAGGCUGUUGGACUCGGAGGCCUCUUCCUCCGCUGUAAAGCUGAAUAACCUCGCCCGGCACCGCGAGAUUCUGUCAGACCACCGUCGCGAACUCUCCCGCAUAAAGUCCACCAUCACGGAUGCGCGAAACCGAGCGAACCUCCUCUCCAAUGUCAGAGACGAUAUCGAUCAAUACCGCUCUGCGAAUCCAGAGGCAGACUACAUGCUGGACGAACGGAGCCGCAUUGACAACUCACACAAUGUCGCCGAUUCGGUGCUCAGCCAAGCCUAUGCCGUGAACGAGAACUUCAGGAUGCAGAGGGAGACGCUGACAAGCAUCCAACGGAGAAUAGUAGGUGCUGCAAGCCAAGUACCGGGCAUCAACAGUUUAAUGGCAAGGAUCGGGUCAAAGAAGAGGCGAGAUGGAAUCAUAUUAGGGAGCUUCAUUGCGUUCUGCUUUCUGAUGCUCCUAUGGUUCUGGUAAUCAUUCGAGCCGGCAUGACUUCUUUUGGCGUUCGAGCGGCGCGGAUAUCCAUGGUUCUUUGCGCACGGCAGGCGCUAGGCAUACAAGCCUAUGUAAUGACGGGCAUUUGCGCCUUAUGAUGUACAGUUAUGCUUACAGCUCUGACCGAGCCUCCAACCACCACCUCAUACCGAAGCCUUGCUU